AGAUACACCAGCCCUCAUACGAUCACUUACAGCUCUUUUCUCUAUACAAAGCUAUCAGAAGCACCAUCAUGGCAUGCAUUUUUGGAGACCUUACCAAGAUCAGCACAACUGGGGCAUCGGAAAAAACAGCUAGUAAGGAUAAACUCACUCUAAAAGGUGUGGAAGCCUCAUACAAAAUGGCUGAGACUGAUCUAAAGAGGAUAGACCAGUACAAGUCCAUCAUCCUGAAUGUUGGGAGAGCUAAGCAGAUGGACCCAGCUGUGAUCGCAGGCAUCAUAUCCAGAGAGACGAGGGGUGGACUAUACCUUACGAAGGAUGGCUUUCAGAAAGAUGGCAAGGGUUUUGGACUAAUGCAGGUUGACACAGGCAACCAUCAAAAAAGGGGAGCAUGGAAUAGUGAGGAGCAUGUCACCCAAGGCACAGAGAUUCUAAUCGGCUUCAUUAAAGAAAUUCAGAAAAAAUUCCCUACCUGGCCCAAGGAGCACCAGUUUAAAGGAGGAAUCUCAGCCUACAAUGCAGGUCCAGGAAACGUCCGCACGUAUGAGCGCAUGGACAUUGGCACCACAGGAGAUGAUUAUGCCAAUGAUGUGGUGGCUCGGGCUCAGUGGUUUAAACGCAAUGGCUACUAAGCAGUAUUUGAUGUAUUCCCAUCUAGCUUUUUUGACUACAUAACUGUAUGUGCUGUAUUUUUUAAACUAGAGGCUUAUACUUUAUGAAGUGACAGGGCUACUUGGCAACUUUUGUAUCUUUUGUAACUUAAGCACCUGUGCUAUGUGAACUGUUGCUUUGGCAAUACGUUGGUAACAACUGGUAUUGGGAUUGUCACGUCAAAGAACGUGUAUUUGUGUAUGUUCAGAUGAUUUCUGCUGGAAAUUAGAAUACAAACUUUCACAAAUAGUAAUAAAUAAUAGGUUAUGCUUUGA